AUGAUGGAUCCUGCUGAAAUCCCCCAAAGGGUCGGUCCCGCGAAGGAAUCAUGUCUGUAUCCCGAGACGGAGUGGCAUUCCCCAAAAUGGACAUCCAUGUCCAAGGUGCUCGACCACGACGACCUCCUCAUCGAGAUCCUACUCCGCGUCGGAUUCCCCACUACCCUUGUCUAUGCCGCCCUCGUCUGCAAGCGUUGGUGCCACCUCGCUUCUGACUGCAUGUUCCUCAGCCAUUUCCGUAAGCUCCAGCCGCCCAGUCUCCUUGGCUUCUACCUCGACGACAUAAUGGCUCCGAGCAUGUCUGCACGCUUCGUCCCAGUGCUACCUCAGCCCCCAGAGCUCACUAUCGUUAGUUGUCGUGCUGCGAGCUUCAGCUUGGGCACCAGCCAGGGACAUGUCAUAAAAUGCUGGAAUGGCAGAUUGUUCACCCUGCACAGUGACAAAAGCGGAUUCACAGCUGCAGUGCACAGCCCACUGUGCCCCGAGGGAGGCAUGGUCAUUGUCCCAAAAUCCAUCCUUGAACAGAAUACUUGUGGUACAAUUAUUCCCAAAGAAGAAGGCCAUGGCUUCUCCUACAUUUUUAUGCGGGUGGUGUCUACCAACGAGACAAUGCAACCUAUGGUGCUUGUAGAUAUUUUGCAAAAUGGUGAUGGUGUCUGGCGCAGGUAUCUUAGCUUGGCCACGGACCAACUCUCUCUUAUACGAUGGGAUGUCAGACAUGUUCUCAUUGAUGAUAAAAUCUACAUACCGAGCGCCCUCCACAACAUUGUUGUCUUGGAUUUGACGACUUCAAGCAUCUCCACCAUUCAACUCCCACAAGGAGUGGAGUAUGGGGAUAGACGGGUGGUGUUGGCGCACAGUGAUGGUGCUUCUGGUAUGUAUCUCAUCCAAGUCAAGGAGCUUCAAGUGUGCAUCUGGCUCCACAAGGGGAACAACUGGUUGCCUGUUGACACUAUUUGUUUGCGUGCGAUGUGUGCUACUUUGAUGAUGCCAAGUUGUGAGGUUGAGGAUGAGGACGCUCCUAUUCUUAUCCGGAUAAACCAACUGUGGGUUUCUGCUGAGUUUCUAUUCUUGGAGAUGGGCCGUUGCACAUUUCAUUUGGAUGUCAAGUGCAGGGCAUUACGUAAGGUGUAUGAAAAGUCUAAAAGUGAUGAAAGUUUGGGUCAUAUCCAUCCUUUUAUGAUGAUCUGGCCUCCCAAAUUUCCUGCACUCAAGGAUGAUCCUGCAAGGAAUGUCAUGUGA